GGGAAACAAACAGUUUGUAUGCAUGUCAGUAACACUGAACAUUUUAAGAAGAUUUCAUGUUCUUCCUCCGGAAGAAACAAUGUUAAAUCCCGGUACCUUUUUCUUUUUGAGAUUCGUUAUGAUAUCUAUUUUUGGGUCCUUAACAAUGGCGAGCAGUAUUUUACACGUGAUCCACACUGUAGUAAGUGGGCAAUAUAAUCGCAUUGACACCGAUUUAACAUUCAUUGUCUCGCUAUUAACAUGUUACGUUGCUGUUUGGGCGUACCUUAUCAAAAUGAAGCAUGUCACCGAGAUGUAUACUUUCUUGUCGGACUUUAAUACUUUUGGAAAACCCAAAGAUUUCGAUAUUAACAAUGACAAUUUUAAUAAAUACUCGAGAAUGCACUAUAUAUAUUUGGAAUUAUUGGUAUGCAUUCUAAUUUUAGGUUCAAAUAUAUUUGAUGGUAAAAAUUGUCGCAACGAGAACGUAAGGUUUAAUUUAACUGAAGUUUGUGGACUUGUCACAUACACUUGGUUACCAUUUGACAUUGAUUAUACUCCUGUACGAGAAAUCUAUUUAUUACUUCAAAUACUUGGAACUCAUCAUUUAUACAUGUUAGUUGGGUUGAUGGCUUGGCAGGUAUUCGAAGUUGUACAACAUAUAGUAGUUAGAAUAAGAGAUAUCAAACACGUUAUAUUGGAAGCUUUGUCUCAAGAGGAUCCAUUAGUGAGAAAAAAACAGUUUCAUUUUGCUAUAAGAUACCACAAUGCUCUCUUCGGUUUGGUGGAUAGACUGAACGAAGUGUUUAGUAUUUUCAUGUUCACGCAUAUGGUUGUAGCUUCGAUUAUAAUGGGAAUAGGUGCGUUCACAUUUUUGCAUUCGAAAUCACUAACUACCAUAAUGGUAUGUACAGGAUGGUUUUGGGGAUUGUUUAUGGAUUGUAUCAGUGGCCAACGUCUGCAAGAUGAGUCGACAGAAUUGGCUGUGGCAGUAUAUAAUGCUCCGUGGUAUGAAUGUAACGAAGAGUUGAAAAAAGAUAUUUUGUUUGUCCUUCAUAAAUGUCAAAAAUGUCAAGUACUACAUGCUGGAGCAUUUGGAAUUAUGGAUAGACCAAUGUUUCUUGCUGUUUUGAAACUCACUUACUCUUAUAUAACUCUAUUGGGAAAAGCGAAGUGAAUUUGAUGAAAAAAAUUGAAAAGUCCGCUUUUUUAAACCAGCUUCUCUCAAUUAGUAUAUUUA